AUGAUACUGUUAAUACUGCUAGUACCAUUAUCAACAGUCAACGCAGCUUUAAACGAGCAUAACUCGAAAUUGGCAUGGUUAGUGGGCAAAUGGAGAUCAGAGUUCUCUGGCAAAGUCGUGUGGCCAACAGUGCCGACAAUGACAUUUGGUGAAGAACUUAUCAUUCAAGAAGCUCCACAAGCCAGAAGUACCAAUGUCCAGUUCAUGAACUUUACGUAAGCUUUCUUUAUGAAUACAUGUUUAGCUUUUUAGAUGUUUAAACAAUUUAACUCUGCAAAACUUAUAUAUUUUACAUUUUCAAUUCAUUAAUCUUCUCUCAUAGUUAUAGAUUAUCGUAUUAUUGUUAUACAGGUAUUCACUGACGUAAGAAGCAAUCUUUUUUAAUUUUAGAGCUAGAGCUUGGUCCCACUCGACCAAGGACCACUUUCACGAUGAAUGGGGCUUCUUGACCGUAGAACCCAAUGGCAAUGCCACUCUGAUGACAACGGGCAACAACGGCUUCACAACGUACGAAGUCGGAUUGGUUAAAGUAAAAAGUGUGCAAUUGGUACUCAAAGACAUUGGCAGAAUCUCAUUUUCAAGAGAUCUGCCCGUUGAAGAUGUAAGUGUUUUACAUUGCAAUUUUAAAUUACUAUUUAGUGACGCUAUAUAAAAGAUAUUUGAAAACGAGAAUAAUAUUGACGAAAAACUUCUUGGUCUACUGCUCUACUGGUCCCAUUUUCAACUUUUAAAAAUAUUUUGCAAUAUUGAAUUAAUAUAUUCUGUUUCCAAAUCGAAAAUAUUAUUUUAGUUACGACGUACGUUUAUCAUGCACGACGACACAUAUAUGGAGCAAAUAAUAGAAAUGCGGACAGCCACCCAUCCCAAGACAGGUUACCUCGAACAUACGAGGGUUGUGUACACAAAACACGCCUUGUAA